UAUAUUCAGCUUUGGGGUCACCUUACUCGAGAUUGUAACAGGGGAAAGAAACCUGGAUUAUUGCAAUACCCACAAGGGAGACAGUCUUAUGGAUAAGGCAUGGAGAUAUUGGAACGAAGGGAACUCUCUUGGUCUCGUGGACUACAAUUACCUGGAUCCGUCCCUAGUGGAAGAAGAGGUUCUGAGAUCGAUACAGGUUGGUCUCCUGUGUGUUCAACCACUUGUAGAGGACAGACCGAGCACAAAUUCCGUCGUGUUGAUGCUCCAAAGCCCACAAACCGAAAUCCCCAAACCAAAAGUCCCCGACUACUUCUAUGGUAGGAUCCUCCGCGGUGAGCCCCCGUCAAUGCCGUCAUCUUCUUUAGGCGGACAAACCAGCGUGAACUAUGCCACUACUUCAAGGAUGAGUGCGCGGUGAUGUGUAAUCAUCUUAUAGCGUCUUCUUUAUUAUGGUUUGCUUUUUCUUAGGAUCGACUAUGUGAUAUAUGCUUGUUUGUCUGCGUUUAAAUCCGACUGUGACUUGUAAUAUUAUUGGACGAAUUGUUUU